GUGCCCGCCUCCGCCGCCCUCGCGGCGCGCGUGCUGCAGAAGCAGCAGUCAGAGGCGGCGGAGAGAUCUCAGAUCAAGGCGCUCGUGCUGGAGGCAGACAAGCGGGAACAACAGGAGGCAGCCGGCGGCGGCGGCGCGGGUGGCGGCGGAGGCGGCAGCCGCGGCGGCCGCGGCGGGUUUGGGCGCGGCGGGGGGCGGCGGUAUACACUGUACGGCGGCCGCGGCGGUGGGCAGCAGAGCGGGCUGCACUUCUUGCCGGGGCCGGGGGACCGGUGA